UAGUUGGAGCGUAAAACUAACCGCACCUGCUUUAAGUCAUAAGGAUAGUGAAUAGUAGCACAGGCAGUUUCAAACCAGAAAGCACUAUGUCUCCGGUAUCCCGUAUCAUUUCCAUUAUGCUGUUGUUGGCCGUUGCCCUGCAAUCGGCUGAUGCCCAGUGCCCUGAUAAUCCGUGUGGUAAGGAAGCAAUGUGUCGAUUGAAUUCGGCUGCCAUUCCCGUCUGCUCGUGCCCUUUCGGUUAUCUGGGUGACCCAUUCAAGGAGUGCAUUCGACCGGAGUGCAUCAGCGACGGCGACUGCACCGAGUUUCAGGGAUGUCGCAAGGGCAAGUGUGUCGAUCCGUGCAUCCUUAGCUGCGGCACGAACGCUGACUGCAGGACCAACCACCAUAUACCCGUUUGUAGCUGCCCGUCAGGAUACACCGGAAGUCCGUUCGAACGAUGCGACCCACUGUAGGGCAGACCCGAAGAAAUGCAGAAUUUCUUUUCCUCGUGUGCAACAUAAAGGCAAAUAAAAUAAAAGGCCAACGUAUCAUU